CAGCUUUAUCAGUUUUUUAUUCCUUGAGUAGAAUCGCAGACAACACGUUGAAAACAACAUUGGUAUUAGUAAUUUCGUAACAUUGAGCAUCAUUAAUUUUGACCACAAAAACAGCUUUUGACCUUUAGUAACGAGUUACCGAGGCCGAUAGAGUCGAUAGUCGGAUUUGGUUAGUCACAUCGAGACUUCGACAUGAAACGUAUACAGCUAGCGAUAUUCCUAGUUUUCAUAGUUAACUUGAGCGCGUGUCUCGAGUAUGAUGAAGACGACGACUUUCCCAUCCUAGAAGACUUUGCUGACGAGGACGACGAUGUGAAACCACAGAUAUACAACUUGAAGGACGCGCCGAAGCUAUUCGAGAAGUUUGUUGCUGAGUACAAGAAGGUGUACAAAUCGGAUGCCGAACGGAAGGAGCGUUAUCAGAAUUUCUAUAAGAAUUUGAAGGAGAUUAACAAGAUCAACAAAAGUGGCACGUCGUCGGCUGACAUCAACCUGUUUGCGGAUCUCGCCGAAAAGGAGUUCAGUGUAUUGGGCAGAUAGAAUGAAUCGCGACGAAGGAACCAUCCUGUUAUACACCACACAUCUAUUUAAAUACAUUUGAAUUUAUUUUAC